AUGGGAUUUUUCGAACUGAAGAAAGAAGGAAAUAUCAAUUCAGGAGGACCGGAGCAACCACCUCCACCAUAUACCGAGGAGGCAAACCCUCAACAAGCCCCAAACUAUGGGCCAAGUAACCCCCAACAACCUUCAAACUAUGGACCAAAUAAUCCACAAUAUCCUUCAAAUUCGGGUCCCAAUUCUUAUAACAACAAUUCGUACAAUAAUACCAAUUCGAAUUAUGACCCUAUGCAAGACCCAAACGUUUAUAAAGUGCCACCUCAAAUGGUGAAUAUCACACAAGCAAACCCACAACAUUUGAACCCAUCAUAUCCUCAAUUUUUACAAAGAGAACAAGAUCGUCAUAAAUAUGGAGCAACUGAACCUCCACCUCCAAAACAUGGAGCGCCACUUUCUCAAGGACAUAAGAAUCCAAACAGCAAAACUGGAGGUGGUUCUUUCCCAGGUUCUCUGGGAGUAACUUACAACAAUGCUGCAAAUAGAUAG